AUGUCAAAAUCUGACAUCUCAAGUAACUCGGAGGCGGAUGAGGCGCUACCGGCCCCAGAAAAGCCGACCUUUUGGGGCCGGUUCAAGGCACAUAUGAAGAUGUUCUGGUGGGCUUAUUUGAUCGCAUUCUGCAUCUCUGUCCUCGUCAUCAUUCUCCCACUCUUUUAUAUCGGGAUUCCUAAUUUCGCGAGCGACUAUAUCAACAAGUACGAGUAUGACACCGACGGCCUCGAGAUAACCAACCCCCGGCCUACUGCCUUUCACAUUAAACAAAAGAAAACACUCAAAAUCGGAGGUGGGUUCAGUGGCAGUGGUAAUAUGAAUGCAUUCAACGCCACAUGUCGUCUCAAAGACACCGACGAGAUUCUUACAGUAUUCCCUGUGCCAAAAAUUGCAUUUGGCAACGGCGCCACUCUGGAAAUAGACGAAGAUUUGAAUUUAUCCUGUGUCGACUGUCUAUCGCGAUUGACAUCUGCGGCUGCAUCUAACAAGAGCUCUUCCGUUCUGAUCGAAGGUUCACCGGAUUUGGAAUAUGGUGCUCUACCGACUGCUCAUUUGAGCAUUCAUAAAAUAAUGCACGUGGGUAGCUAUAAUGUCACAGACUUCAUGAACGCCGAAGGCGCAUUCAACGUCACCAAGAUAGAACUCCUGGAUCCUCCAGUUGAUGGAUAUAACUUCAAUGCUACGAUCUCCGUGCGCAAUCCGAGUCCCUUCAUUGUUGAGCUGGGGCAUGUGACUUUCAAUCUCACCUUGGGUGGCUCGGACCUGGGUUGGGUCGAUUUGCCCUAUCUCUUUCUGGGAAAGUCUAUCAGCAGCACUGUGGUCCUCGGGUCAGUUGACAAAGAAAUGUUGAUUCACGAGGCCAUUACUGGUGACGAUGAUGUUGGCACGGUGACUAUUGGCGUUCAUGGGAGAAGCUGUUCUUUCAAGGGUGUCGAUAUCCCUUACCUCACAGCAGCUGUUAGGGCUAUACUUGAUCCCGCAUUCUCGAAAACUAUCAACUUUGUUCGAAGGGUCUUCAUCAGCUACAGUCCAAUCCCCUCCUUAGGAAAUGCCGAACACCAAUUUCUGCACACACGGGAUCAGUUCGUAGCUAAAAUGCAGAUCGAGAUUGAUGUCCUUACAAGUCGCCAGAAGAUCUCGCCCUUUCGCCUGAUGCUGGCUGUGGAAAACCUCACCGACCUUAUUGACCAAUUACGUGUUGUUGAACGAGCUAGUACCACUAUGUACAAGGCAAUGCCACGGUGCCGUACUGUGCGAGAUAGACCUGGCUACUACGGGCAUAAUUGUGCAUUCCUAGCAAAGACUCACAAGCUUCAGCCCCAUUUGGUUGUGCUUAGGGAUAACCUCAUGUCUCAAUAUGCCAACCAGCAUUGGAUUGCCCGUCAGAUUGACGCUGUGGACCGGUACUUGGACCUUUAA